UGGCUCACUGGAUUUGAAAAUUCAGUUUAGUUUAGAAACAAACAAACGAACAAACCGUCUAGUGUCCAUCUAGCCAAAGUUAUUUUAAACCAAGUUUUGCUUAGUUUCCACUGUAACUUUGUGUUUUAGAAGUUAUUUUAAAAACUUUAAACAUGGAAACGCCGAUGAGAGCUUCCAAGAAAGACUUUCAUGUGCCUGAGACACCAGCAAUGAAGCAAGUGGGAUAUGGCACAGGAGUAGGUGUCUACCAACUGAACCGCUCUCCCAACCCAGCCGGUCUCCGCUCGCCCUGGGCCCUCAAAAAAGUGCUGAAAUCGCACAAACACAGCACGUUUGGCAAGCUGCUAACCGACGAGGCAAAAAUCCUCCAAAAGCUCAAUCAUCCAAACAUCAUUGGUUUCCGUGGCUUUAAAGUUCUGGACGACGGUCGGACGGCUUUGGCCAUGGAGAAGUGCUCCGAGUGUCUGGGAGACAUGAUUGAACAGCGCUAUGAGGCCAAACUGGGACCCUAUCCGGCCGAAAACAUCUACAAAGUCGUCAGGGACAUCUCGUCUGCUCUGGUCUACUUGCACGAGGAAGUGCAACUGCUUCACGGAGAUAUCAAGUCGUUCAACAUACUUGUCAACGGCGACUUCGAAACCGUAAAAUUGUGCGACUUUGGCAUGUCGCUGCGAUUGGACGCCAACAGCGGCCGAGCCUUGGGCGAGUACUGCGGCACCAACUGCUGGUCGGCGCCCGAGGCGCUCGCCGAAGAUGAUGUCACAGCAGCCGCCGACAUCUGGGCACUCGGUCUCACUGUGUGGGAGAUGCUGAGUUUGUCGCCGCCCCACAUUGGCACAAUCUGCUCCCAAGACGAGAACGCCAGCUUCAAUCUGGACGAGUCCAGUUUUGUCAACGAGGGUGACUAUGGUACCCGACCACCUCUGCCCGAUCACAAAUUUGGCCCAGAGUACGAGAAAAUCAUUCUGCUUUUUGAACAGUGCACGGAAACUGAACCCAAGAACAGACCAACUGCCAAGGAGAUCUUAGAAUUCCUGGAGACUCAAUGAGAAAAAAUAAGAUUCUCAAGAACUUUCUUGAGGAAAAUCACAUAAUUCUUACUUAUCUUGAACUACUGUCUUGCAAUCUUUGUUUCAAGAGGAAUAUAAAGGUCCUCCAAUUCUAAUAAAAUUAGAAUAGCUGCAACCGAGAACCAAUUACAGUAUUUUUGAUCCUUUAGGUAUCAGUUGCACAGAAGCCUGUUAAAUCUCAACCGUGAUUAAAUACCACGAGAACCAAUCAGCGAAGCCUUGUAAAGUCUUCUCUGAUUGGUUUUCGAGGCAUUUAAUCAUGAUUAAAAUUUUACAAGCUUUUUUUCAAACGGGCCAUAAUGUUUGUUAGAUUGUUAAUGAAGAAUUGAUGAGUUGACCAAUAAUAAUUGUGUUAUUCAUUGUUGUCUUCCUUGUUACUAAUGUUGGAGACAAAAAUACUAUAAAAUCACUUUACUUAUAUGGGCUACUUUUGUUCAAAUUAAUAAAAACAAUAUCACUUUAAAAUAUUAAAAAACAAAUUUUCAAGUUUUUAAUAAAGGGUACUACAAGUUUAUAUAUUGUUUUUUUUUUUAAUUUAAAAAUACUAUGUUUGAAAUUUACUGAAGACUAGCUUUAUACAUUAUGUAUUGAAAAUAAUUGGUUCUCUGUUUAACCUUUACAAAUGUGAAUCUAUUUUGAAUAUAAUCAAGCUUCCUUAAUAUUUUACAGAAUAAUUCUUAGUUAUUAGUUUUCAUUUUAGUGUAUAUUUUGCGUUUAUUAUUAAUAUUUGUCAAAUUGAAGGAAAUUUUAUGGAAUUGAUCUGAUCUAGCAUUCAUCCCUGCAAAUGUUUUUUCUUGAUUUAUUUUAUGUUGAUUUUACUGAAUGACAUUGCUAUUCAUUCAAUGAAUUAUAAGUUUAAGUAUUUUGUUUAUCAAUUAGUUUUAUAAGUAUUAACAAGAUUCCUAUUAUGAGAGCGCAACUUUAUCAAAUGCAAUACUACAAAAUAUAACUUGAUUCUAUGUUAAAUACAGGUUACAAAAUAAAGUUUGACGAGAAAAAUAUGAUUUCAAAAAUGGUUGAGAAACGUUUAAGUUUUUCUUAGAAACUACGCUAUACUGAGCAGACAAUAUACUGUAAAAUAUAUAUUUCAAUAAAUUUGUAUUAUUUGU